UCCGCCCGACUCUAACAUGGCGGCGCCCUUUGUCUGCUCUGAAGUGCUGUCGCCGGCCUUCUCGCGGCCCUGAUGCACCUCCCUCUGCGGCCGGGUUCGGGACAUGGCAGGUAAUGAGCUGGAGGAAGGGAGCCAAGCUGGAGUUUCUGCAGACAAACUGUCAGAGAAGAAUAGCCCGGGUGAUUUGGAAGUCUGAGCACAGCCAGUACGUCCUGGAGCAGCUGAACCAGCAGCGGCAGCUGGGGCUUCUGUGUGACUGCACCUUCGUGGUGGAUGGUGUUGACUUUAAGGCCCACAAAGCAGUGCUGGCAGCCUGCAGCGAGUACUUCAAGAUGCUCUUCGUGGACCAGAAGGACGUGGUACACCUAGACAUCAGUAACGCGGCAGGCUUGGGUCAGGUUCUGGAGUUCAUGUACACAGCCAAGCUGAGCCUGAGCCCAGAAAAUGUGGAUGAUGUGCUGGCCGUGGCCAGCUUCCUCCAGAUGCAGGACAUCAUCACAGCCUGCCAUGCACUCAAGUCACUCACGGAGCCAGCCAGCAGCCCUGGGGAAAAUGCAGAGUCUUCAGCCAUGGAAGGAGCAGAUAAGAGAGCCAAAGAGGAGAAAGCCGCAGCCGCUGCACUGAGCAGGCUGGACCAAGCGAGGAGCAGUGUGCCCACAGGCCUAGGCAGGGAGCCCAAAGAGGAGCGGGGUGGCCAGGCCAAGAGUGCAGCCAGCGGUGCGGAGCAGACGGAGAAGGCUGAUGUCCCCCGGGGACCCCGUCCUGUGGAGCUCAAGCCGGGCCCCACGAGCAGCAUGGCGGCCGCAGAAGCUGAGGCCGCCUUGUCGGAGAGCUCCGAGCAAGAAAUGGAGGUGGAGCCGGCCAGCAAAGGGGAAGAGCGCGCGGAGGAGGGGCCUGCGCCCGGCGUGCAGCUGCAGGGAGCGCGGCCGCCGCUGGAGAACGGCGAGGGCGAGGGCCCGGAGGACACCGAGGGCUCGGCGGGCACGGACCCCUGCCGCCCUCGUCCCCGCAGCCCCCUGAAGCCCUACGGCUGCGAGGAGUGCGGCAAGAGCUACCGGCUCAUCAGCCUGCUGAACCUGCACAAGAAGCGGCACUCGGGCGAGGCCCGCUACCGCUGCGGCGACUGCGGCAAGCUCUUCACCACGUCCGGCAACCUCAAGCGCCACCAGCUGGUGCACAGCGGGGAGAAGCCGUACCAGUGCGACUACUGCGGCCGCUCCUUCUCCGAUCCCACGUCCAAGAUGCGCCACCUGGAAACGCACGACACGGACAAGGAGCACAAGUGCCCGCACUGCGACAAGAAGUUCAACCAGGUGGGGAACCUCAAGGCACACCUGAAGAUCCACAUCGCCGACGGGCCCCUCAAGUGCCGGGAGUGCGGGAAGCAGUUCACCACCUCAGGGAACCUCAAGCGGCACUUGCGGAUCCACAGCGGGGAGAAGCCGUAUGUGUGCAUCCACUGCCAGCGGCAGUUCGCAGACCCCGGCGCGCUGCAGCGGCAUGUCCGGAUCCACACUGGAGAGAAGCCGUGCCAGUGCGUCAUCUGUGGCAAAGCCUUCACCCAGGCCAGCUCUCUCAUUGCCCACGUGCGUCAGCACACAGGGGAGAAGCCCUACGUCUGCGAGCGCUGCGGCAAGAGAUUUGUCCAGUCCAGCCAGUUGGCCAAUCACAUCCGGCAUCAUGAUAACAUCCGCCCGCACAAAUGCAGCGUGUGCAGCAAGGCCUUUGUGAACGUGGGAGACCUGUCCAAGCACAUCAUCAUCCACACUGGAGAGAAGCCUUACCUCUGUGACAAGUGCGGCCGAGGGUUCAACCGCGUGGACAACCUGCGCUCCCAUGUGAAGACGGUGCACCAGGGCAAGGCGGGCAUCAAAAUCCUGGAGCCAGAAGAGGGUGGCGAGGUCAGCGUGGUCACUGUGGAUGACAUGGUCACGCUGGCCACGGAGGCACUGGCUGCAACCGCCGUCACUCAGCUCACAGUGGUGCCAGUGGGGGCCGCAGUGACGGCUGACGAGACGGAAGUACUUAAAGCGGAGAUCAGCAAGGCGGUGAAGCAAGUGCAGGAGGAAGACCCCAACACCCACAUCCUCUAUGCCUGUGACUCCUGUGGGGACAAAUUUCUGGAUGCCAACAGCCUGGCUCAGCAUGUUCGGAUCCACACGGCCCAGGCACUGGUCAUGUUCCAGACCGAUGCGGACUUCUACCAGCAGUACGGGCCAGGCAGCACCUGGCCGGCCGGGCAGGUGUUGCAGGCCGGGGACCUGGUCUUCCGCCCUCGGGAUGGGGCCGAGGGCCAGCCCGCACUGGCAGAGACCCCACCUGCAGCUUCUGAAUGCCCACCACCUGCUGAGUGAGCCGGUAGCCCUUCUCCUGAGUUUAUUUAAGGAUGGAUGGCCCCCUCAAACUGAGAUGGGUGCCCCGCCCCCCCUUCCCUAGAGAAUAAAUUUGAUUAUUUUCUAAUGCUGCUUUUAGGUCCCUGUGGGGGGUGGGAGGGUUGCCGGCCGGAGCCACAGAAGGGCUGCACCACCCUGGAGCCAACCUAGGGAAGCCCUGCUGUCUGUUCCUCCUGCAGAAUGGGACUGGGGCCCCGGGAUCCAAAUGUGGCCCAGGUUGGGGUGUGGGAAGAACCUAGUCCUAGUACCCCAAGCCUGUGCUCUCUUCAGCAGUGUUGUAACCUGCACCCCUCCCUGCUGCUGGCUGCCCCAAGAACCCAGCCUCAAGGUCUCAGUGGCUUUACCCUCUUUGGUCACUUCUGGGUUUAUGCCAGGCCCAACCCCAACACGCCACCCGGAGCAGUGCUUAGUGCUUUGUGCUUAGUUCACCAGCC